UUGAUAGUUUGAGCCAAACAUACACCCAGGAUAUAAAUAAAUCCUUGGUUGUUGUAUCAUUGACACUCACCAUUGGGAACUUUCUUCGGGCAUACUUAACAGCAGGCCAGGCAAGCCAAGGAUUUAUUAUACUGGUUAACUCUAAGGUGGACUUAAAGAAAGGAAUAAUCUUUGUGAUUUGCAAUAGCUCCAUCAUAGCAGGGAUUUUUCUUGUCAUUGGUCUUACACCAGUGGGAUAUGUCAUUCAAGUGCUAUUUCGUAUUACUAAUGAAGAACUUGAAGAAAUACAAUUUGGCAUAGCAUCACUCUGUUUGAUGUCCGUGAUCCUAAAUACUGGGUCUGCAAUCCAUGGAUUAUUAUUGAAGAAAAAACACACCUCUUUUUGUCUCCUUGCUGAGUUUUUGAGGUUUAUCUCCAAAUUUGGGAGUAUUUUCUCUCUCAUGGCUACACCCUUAAUAACUAGAAGACCAAUCUUGAUACCAAUAAUAUCAGCAUAUGUAUCAGCUCUGGUUUAUCUUAUCUUCAGCUUUAUAGGAUAUAAAAUAUACUUGAUCAAUGAGCUACCUGUUGAAAGUACAAAAACACUGACAUACCAUCAAAUGGUUAAAUUAACACUACCUCUAGGAUUCCAGCAGCUCAUUGAAAAAUCUGAAUCUUUUAUCCUUAGUUUAGUUGUUGCACAACUAACACCAUCUGAAUCUACACGAAGUAUGGCACUUGCAAACGUUCAUGUACUCCAUGCAUCAUUUUACCCUUUGCGAAGGAUAUUAGUCAGUAUUGCAACAAUGGUAUCUGCAUACCUUGCAUCUGGGAGUAACUCAUCGUUACAUUUCGACCAUGAACUAGUUAUCUGCACCUCCAUUAUUGCAUUUGUUUCAUUUAUGAUUUCUAUUUCAAUGUGCUGGAUUACUCCCAUUACAAGGGUUAUAUUUCUAUAUUUAUUUCACAUUUCUGUAGAUAAUUUCAAUGAAGUAUACUAUCCGGUUAAGUUGUACACAUUUUGGCCGAUUAUACAAACAUUUGCCUUGUUUUCGUUUGGAAUUUUACUGCAUAAGAAAGACAC